CUGGCCGCAAAAGCAACCCACGAAAAAGUAAUGUUGUCAUGGCCUUCGAUGGUUUCGUCCGACUUUCCUCAUGGCUAUCCCGGCACUUGGUCUCGAGCCAUCGUCGCUAACGGUCGCGCGCAACGGAUACCAGAUUUCAAACCACGAAUUUAGACGUCGCCCCAAGGAUACCUUUCGCUUUGGUUUUGUUUUUCCUUUAACACAAUGUUUAACACAACAUACUGGAAGUUGGCGAUUAGUUUGGGCGUUAUCUUUUCGUUUUUGGUGGCACAAGGCUCUGCGGUCUAUACGCGAGAAAUUGUGAACGACAAACUUCCGUUGCAGGAGAGACCUUCGUGGCUGCAGACAUGCAAGCGCUCCAAUCCGAAUGAGGACAAGUGCUUCAGGCAGUUGUUUGAGGGCUGCUUUCCGGCCUUAGCCGCAGGAAUUCCCGAGAUCGGUGUGAAGAGCUUCGAGCCGCUUAAUAUUGACCAAGUGUCAGUGUCUAAGGGCAGUGGCAACCUGGUGCUGUCCGGGGGAUUUCAGAAUCUCGUCAUUCGUGGGCCAUCGAACGCGACUGUCCGUCGAGCAAGCUUGGAUCUGGAGCGGCGCCUUCUGAACUUCGAGCUCGAGCUCCCUCGGCUGCGAAUCCGGGCCAAGUACAACCUAAAGGGAAAUAUCCUGCUGCUGCCACUCAUCGGCAGUGGAGAUGUGGCCAUGGCGCUGAAGGACGUACACACAACUGUCUACACCAGAAUCUCCUUACGAAACGAAACCCGAACGGGCGAUGAGAUCAUCCACAUCGACGAGAUGAAGGUGGGCUUUGACGUGGGCGCCAUGCGCAUCCACCUUAAGAAUCUAUUCAAUGGGAACGACAUCCUGGCGGCCUCGAUCAACUCGUUCCUCAAUCAGAACGGCAAGGAAGUUAUUGCCGAACUGCGUCCAGACUUGGAACUGGGACUGGCCGACAUCUUCCACGGCCUAUGGAACAAUGUGUUCUCCAAGAUGCCCACAAAGCUGUGGCUGGUUUAA